GCAGGAGGCUUCAGGGAGGAGUGCUGCAGUGAGAGAAGAGGAAGGAGGAGGAGAGGGGGCUGCUAGUAAAUCCCUCCCAGCCCUAAUCCCUCAGUCGUGCCUGUGUAUGUUGAUGCUCUUUACAUUUUUAGGGCAGAAAGUCCAGACUAGAUUUUUUUCAGGCUACAAGUGAAUUUUAAAGAAAGAUCUGAUGUGUGACUGGGAGCUUCAACUCGUUUUGUCCUGGAGUGAACUUUGAAGAGAAGACCUCACAGGAAUUUGGAAUUACCACUAACAGCACCAUAAGAAGCACAACAUGGAGCAGAAGUUACUCAUGACACAGACAAGUUUUGUCUUACUGGGACAGUCACACCUGAAUAAGCUGCACUGCAAAGCAUACAGACUGAUGGUGUGAUGUUAUUAAUAGACCUUUAUUUGCUGUUAAGUUUAAAAACCAGUAAGUGGAGCAAAGUGACUAAUGACCCUGAAAGUAGUUUUUAAGGGUAGUAAGUCAGUAUGAUUAACUAAGAACUCCAACUGCUAUUUUCUGACAACUAUAUUUUCCCCUAAAAUUCAGAACUGACAUAAUUAACAAGCCAAACAAAACCUUUAAUUUACAGUUAUAUUAACAGUUAGACUAGCUGGUCUAGUAGGCCAAGAUGGCUGACCACUACCAGAACAACAUAUACAACCAAGGAGACUACCCUCUUCAGGAAGACGAUGCAGCAAGUGAUGUGACUGAAGGACAUGAUGAAGAGGAUCAGAUGUAUGAAGGAGAAUAUCAAGGGAUUCCACAUCCUGACGACACAAAGGCUGCACAGAGAGCUGCAUGGGCUAAAGCUCAAACAGCUAGCAGUGCAGCAUCUGAUCUAGAGGAGUUAUCUGAGCAGUAUGAGUACAUCAUGGAAGAAUGUGGUCAUGGGAAAUUCCAGUGGAUGCUCUUCAUAGUGCUGGGCCUGGCUCUAAUGGCUGAUGGAGUUGAAUGUUUUGUGGUUGCAUUUGUUCUACCGUCUGCAGAAAAGGACCUGUGUCUGUCCAAUGCAGAGAAAGGAAUGCUGGGUCUCAUCGUUUUCCUGAGCAUGAUGGUGGGAGCAUUUCUGUGGGGAGGACUGGCAGACAAAGUUGGCCGUCGGCAAUGUCUGAUUCUGGCAUUAUCUAUAAACUGUAUCUUUGCAUUCAUGUCUUCCUUCGCUCAGGGUUACAGCUUCUUUCUCUUCUUCAGACUGCUUUCUGGCAUUGGCAUUGGUGGCACAGCACCGAUCGUGUACUCGUACUUCUCAGAGUUUCUUCAGAUGAACAAGAGAGGAGAGCAUCUGUCCUGGUUGUGUAUGUUCUGGAUGAUUGGUGGGAUCUAUGCUUCAUUCACUGCCUGGGGAAUUAUACCCAGAUAUGGCUGGGGCUUCAGUAUGGGCACAGAAUUUCAGUUCCACGCCUGGCGAGUGUUCGUCCUGGUUGCGGCUCUCCCUGCAAUUGCUUCUCUGGUUGGACUUACCUUUAUGCCCGAGAGCCCACGUUUCCUCCUGGAGAAUGGCAAACACGAUGACGCGUGGAUGAUCCUAAAACAGGUCCAUGACACUAACUGGAGAGCCAAGGGGCAGCCAGAAAAAGUCUUCACUGUGGUGCACAUCAAGACCCCGAAGACAACUGAGGAUGGUUUUUUUGAGGUUCAGAGUGCAACAAGAACACCUGUACAACGAUGGGCCGUACGCUCACUGACCCUCUGUAAACUGGUGUUGAGGAACGUGGCAUCUCUCCUUUCUGCAGAGCUGAGAUUUGCUACACUCUUCAUGGCUGUCAUCUGGUUCUGCAUGGCUUUCAGCUAUUAUGGCUUGUCUGUGUGGUUCCCUGACAUGAUCAAACACCUUCAGCAUGAAGAGUAUGUGUCUAAGGUCCAGGUUUUCCAUAAAAAACGAGUGGAGAACAUGAUUUUUGACUUUCCUUUGGAGAACCAGAUCCAUGAAGAAGUAGAAUACAUCCGUGACAAGUUCAUCAAUAUAGAGAUGAAGUCAGUGAAAUUUAAAGACUCUCUGUUUGAAGACUGUCACUUUGAGAACAUCAGGUCCUCUGAAACAGUGUUUGAGAACUGCACCAUCCACUCCACUGUCUUCUACAACACAGACCUGUGGGAGGCCAAGUUUAUUGACUGUAAGAUGGAGAACACCACCUUUGAACACAACAAGCACGGCUGCCACCUUGAUACUGCUAAGGAGAAUGAUGUCCUCAUCUACCUGGUCAGCUUCCUAGGCAGUCUGGCAGUGCUGCCAGGCAACAUCAUUUCAGCUCUCUACAUGGAGAAGAUUGGCAGAGUAAAGAUCAUAGGUGGCUCCAUGCUGAUUUCAGCAGGCUGUACAUUUUUCCUGUUUCUAAGCUUCAGCCAAUCAGCAAUCAUUGCACUACAGUGUCUGUUCUGUGGUGUUAGUGCAGCUGCAUGGAAUGGAAUUGAGGUGGUGACUGUGGAACUGUAUCCAGCUUCAAAGAGAGCAACAGCUUCUGGUGUGCUGAAUGCUCUGUGUAAACUGGCUGCUGUUCUCGGCAGCUCCAUCUUUGCCAGCUGUGUGGGAAUCACCAAAGCCAUCCCUAUUCUACUAUCCUUUACUGCGCUGGUGUGCGGCGGCCUUGUGGCCCUCAACCUGCCUGACACGCAACAGAAAAUUCUCCAGUGAAGUGAUAUGAGCGUGCUGAGGUGGGAAUGAGGGGGGUGAGGAAGAGGCCAAAACACAUCUACUUCUUGUUGGAGGCUAAUGAAUUUACCUUGACUCUGAACUUGAAAAAAGACAAGACUUGGAACAACUCACAACUGUUCAUUAGAACCAUUUUUUUCAGGUUGGAGGUUUUAGACCAGGAAAAAGCAGGUUUAUGUUUUUCUGUAUUUCUGUAUGAGUCUUUAUUGAUGCCAUGAAUCCACUAAGGCAGUUGACAUACUAACCAUUUAAUAAUUUGUUAAUGAAUUACGUGGACAGAUGUUUUUUGAAUGUUUAAAGCACGCACUGUAAUAUAUUCUGUGUUCCUACCACUAUUUAGAUGCAUGUCAGGGGAAAAAGUGUUAUCUGUAAUUUGCACCUUAAAAGUUUUUCCAACACUUUUAGCAAAUAACCUGCUUGAAAUCCUGGGACAAAAAGUUGAAUAAAGAUUUUCCGGUUUCAACAAACUCUACUUACAAACAUGUAACAUGUAACUGUUUACACCAUGCUUUAAAGCUUAUACAUAGUGACUUCACAUUUGUGACUACAUGUGGUUAAAACUGUAGUGACUUAAGGCAGCAAAGACAGACUUGGGUAAGCUCUGUUAUCAAUAUUUCAUAGCUUAAAAAUCUGCUUUGACGCUCUAGUCUCCAAGUUAGUGUAAGAUUAUCAAACUACAUAUGUCAGUAGCUUUUCUUUAUACUAAAUAAAUAAGCUAGUCCUUGUAAACAGUGGCUAAAUAACCUAGCUUAACAAACUAGCCCCGGACUGUAACAGAUUUGAUGUGAUCAGUGUGAUUAAAUCACAUACUUCUACAUAUUAACGUCAAGAUUAGGUUUUGAUGACAGAAAUGUGACGCUGUUGCUCUGUGAAUUUUUGCAGGGGUGAUCUCACCCAUUCUAGUUCCCACAUGUCUUUAUGUGGGAUAUGGGGAUCACUAUUUUCAAAUAUUUUUAACCAGAUGUUUGACUGAUUAAUUGUGAAAUAACCUUCAGAUCAACCUCUUAACAUCCAGUAUAUUAUUGAAGAACCAUCUAGGAUUAGGGUCAAGGACAGGAGUAGACUUUGGCAACUUGCAUGUUUUUUAAGAACUGUUGCCUCUUUGGCCCACCAACAUCUGUAAACAGAAUUAAGUGAAUAACUGUAUGGCACAAAUGUAUGCAACAUUAUAUGAAAUGUAGUACCUUCCAGUUUCUGAAAAUGUAUUUGUUUAUUAUAAGGAUAAAAUACAGCCUUUAAAAAUAACCCUCAUCAUAAACUUGUUGUUUUUAAGAGAUUAAUCAUUAACAAACAGUAAUUGUGAGACUGGAUGAAGCAGACAAUUUUAUUUUAUUGACCUGCAGGACAGUGAACAUUUGAACUUACAUCCCCUAGGCUGAAGAAAUACAUAACAUUAACCAGGAUCCUAACAAAGAAUAUAUUGGUCAUUCUGAAAAUGUAAUAUUCAGGAAAAUGGUUCUUCAAGUGUUCUGCUUGGCAACCUCUUUGCACUAACUACUUUUUAAAAAUUUGGCUGAUUGCUGUUGUUAGAUGGUUGUUCUUACAGCAUCAAUUCACCUGCAGUUUUUAACAGCUCAUUGCAACUAACUGAGAUGCUUAAUAUCAGUGAAUAUUACUAUUACAUUACAUUAUUUAAUUUAUUUAAAGUUAAUAAAAUAUUUAUCUGUGUAUUGAAGGCCAACAUUUUGUCUUUUGUGAUGUUUCCGCAUGAGCACUGUGCUGGACUCUACUGGACUGCUGUCAUGGCAUUUUUAGUUUCAUGCCUUUUUGUAUUAUGAUGUUGUUUGUAUAGUUUAGGCUUCCGUUAGUUCUGUUUGAGUUCUCUGUGUUUCCCUGUUUAGGUUCCUCCCACAUCGGUGUCUCCCCCACUAUGUUGGUUAUAGUGCCGUGCCUUCAGCGUGAGAGUCUGUCAUGUUCCCUGUGUUUAAAUCUCCCUCGCCCUUUGUAUUUCUCAGUGGUGUCUUUGUCUCCCUUCGUGUCUCCCUCUGUCUCGUCUCCUCCUCAUAUUUACAUGUUUCCCCUUGUCUCCCAUUCCAUCUGUCAUGUGUGUUCUCCCUAGCCAUCACGUUCUCUGUAUUUGUAGCUUAGUUAUGUCCAUGUCUCAUCUCGUUUCAUUUCCCUAUUGCCAUAUCAAGUCCGUGUGUCUUAGUCUGUGUGUUUCCUGUUUUACUUUGACAUUACAUCUUACAUUCAGUGUGUUCAGUUUGCUUCCUCCUGUCUUGUAGUUAUGUUUAUUUGUCCCAGCUGUGUUGCCUGUGUGUUUCCUUUUCCCUCGUCACUCUCAUGUGUAUUUAUGCGUUGAGCUGUCAUGCAUUCAUUGUCAGGUCGUCUGCAAUGUUCAUGCCAUGUUACCAAAGUUUCACGCUACCAGGUAUUUAUGCCAGGUUUCCAUGUUUAGGGUUUUUGAUGUUUACUUUCUAGUUUCUCCAGUUUAGGUUUUUGUUUAGUGUUGUAUUGAUUUGCCUAGCCCUUUGUUUCAUACUUUUUAUCAAACACAAUAAAUGGCUCACUUUCAGUUAAAACUAA